AAAAAAAUGACUAUCAUGUUGUCAAUCAUGUUAAUCUGGUGAAAAAUUUCAUGGAAAUGAAUUAGAAUUAUUAUUUGGAAAUCAUUAUUUACGAUUAUAAAAUUUCAAUGCAAGAAAACAAUCAUUCAGCAUGUGGAUGCUUGCAAUUAAAAGCAGUUCCACAUUCGUCAAGGUAUUACAGAGAAAUCGGAGCAAAAGUAAUUGGCAAUGAACUUUUGAUAAAAUUUGAAAAAAAAACAAAUACACCUGAUAAUUAUGAUCCACCGUGCUACUGUAAAAAUUCUGUAUCAACAUCGACUGGGUUCCAAUCUCAACCUCCAGCUACAAAAAUUAUCGGGGUUGGUGAUAAUCAACUGACCUUUCAGAUCAGCCCUAAAUUCGAAUUUAAUUAUGAUAAUAAUCCUCACUAUAAAUCUUCUGUAAUAACUGAUGACCAAGAUUUUGAGAAUGAUGGUAGGAUCAAAGUUCUUCCUCAUAUGGAUGGGUUAGGACCUAAUCAUCAGGUGACACACCAUUAUGGUAGUGAAGAUGAUCAUAAUUCAUACAUGAUGAAAAUUCAACGAAUUAAAUCAGAUUCAAUUAAAGAUCAAAAACAAAAUAGAAGAAAUAUUGAAGUAGAAAUUGCUUAUCCUAAAAAGAAAGUACCUAAAAAAAAAUAA